UAAAGUUGGCAGAACAUCAGGAGGUAAAUGUAUAUUCAGAUUCAGCAUAUGCCACAGGUGCAGUUCAUGUGGAGUUAUGUCAGUGGUUGAGAGCAGGAUUUUUGACAGCGGGGGGUAAACCUAUAAAACACGAGAUCAGGAGGUAAAUGUAUAUUCAGAUUCAGCAUAUGCCACAGGUGCAGUUCAUGUGGAGUUAUGUCAGUGGUUGAGAGCAGGAUUUUUGACAGCGGGGGGUAAACCUAUAAAACACGAGAUGGAAAUGAGAGAGCUGGCCGAUGCUUUGUUAUUACCGGCCAGAAUUGCCGUGAUAAAGUGCAAAGGUCAUGAUAACAGUAAUUCAGCCAUUGCAUUAGGGAAUCAGGCUGCAGACCAGGCUGCCAAAGCAGCCGCUGGAUAUGCGCCUCAGAUGAUGAUGGUGACGGUGGAAGAUGAGCUGAGAGAAGAGUUGAGCAUGAGUAACAUUAAACUGUUGCAGAGCAGAGCAGCUCCGGAGGAGAAGAAUAUGUGGAGGCUCAGAGGAGCCUCAGAGCAGGAAGGUUGCUGGAGAGGGCCAGAUGGCAGACUGGUUUUUCCUCCAGGUUUGAAACAGAAGCUUUUUUCUGAGGCACAUGGUGUUGGACAUGUGGGUGUCAGACAGAUGAUGGACAACCUGAACCAUUGGUGGCAUCCAUUUAUGUCAGAUAUGGUCAAACAUUUUGUAAAAAGUUGUUCACUGUGUGGGCAAUUUAACUCAAAGAAGACUUUGAAACCUUUGCAGGGCAGAUUUCCUUUGAUCACAGUUCCUGGGAAGGAAGUGAUUCUUGAUUAUAUGGACAUGGUGACCCCUGCUGGUGGUUUUAAGUAUUUGUUGGUGUGUGUGGACGCUUUUACAGGAUGGCCAGAGGCCUGGCCUGCUAGAAGAGAGGACAGCAAAACUGUGAUAAAAUGCCUCAUUAACCAUUACAUUCCCAGGCACGGGUUCCCUGAAAACAUCAGGACUGACAAUGGAACCCACUUCAAGAACCAGGACCUGCAACGAGUGGAGUCCAGUUUAGGGCUCACACACAGGUUUGGCACUGUGUAUCGCCCCCAGUCGCAGGGCAAAGUGGAGAGAAUGAACCUGAACUUGAAGAAUAAGUUGGCUAAAAUCUGUGCGCAAACGAAACUAUCAUGGGUUGAUGCCUUGCCUCUCGCUCUGAUGUCAAUCAGGUCUUCGGUUAAUUCAACCACAGGAUUUACUCCUUACGAGCUGGAGACGGGAAGAAGCUUUCCUGGGCCCCAACGUCGACCACCGGGAACUGCAGAUGACCUGCAGAGUCUGACAAGUAAGGAGUACUUCUCACAGUUGCAGGCUGUGCUGGAGGCGUACACCAAGAUCCGUGGACAUCCCAAGGAAGGAGAAAGAGGAACGCCACCUCCGGACGUCGACUGGGUUUGGCUCAAGGUCAUCAAAAGAAAGUGGUCAGAGCCGAGGUUCACGGGACCCUUCAAGGUGAUCGAGAGAACCUCACAUGCGGUGAGGUUGGGAGGAAAAGGUAAUACGUGGUUUAAUUGGAGCCAGUGUGCACCAGCAGCAGAACCUCAGAGGUCGUUGACGGAGGUUCAGGAGGUUUAA